GAGAGCGCCGACUGCACCAUCUGCAUGACCACCCUGAACGAGCCCGGGGAGACGCUGUGCAGGCUCGACUGCGGCCACGGAUUUCACGUGGAGUGCCUCGAGAGCUGGCUCCACAACGAGCGAACCUGCCCCAACUGCAGGACGAAGGUUAUC